AUGACGACAUUGCGGCUACGGCCUGCUGGAGGGGCAGAAUUCCAAGUGGAGCUGGAGCAGUCCGCGAGCAUCCUGGAGGUCAAGGUGGCAGCCACUGCGGGUUGUGACAUCGAUCCAGAGCUCAUGAAGAUCAUCCACAAGGGCCGGGUGUUGAGGGAUGAGGAACUGUUGAGGGCUUUGGGUAUCCAGAAUGGAGACGCGCUGCACAUUGCCAAAGGUAUGGCAGCCUCAACUCAGAAAGGGUAUCUUGACAAGGCAAGCAGUGAUGCCAGUGACAGGCUGGAAAUUCAGUUGAAGGCUCCUGGUGGCAUUGAGGUCACCUUGGCUGUGGAUUCAAAGGAUCCGGUAGAGGAGCUCCGAAAGGACGCAGCUUCUCGUUGUGGAUUGAAAGUGGAGGAGAUCCAUUUGCUGCACAAAGGAAAGAUCCUGAAAGAUGGUCUCAGCUUGGACUCCUGUGGAAUAGCUAAUGGCUCAACUGUGCGUGUAGCACGGCGGCAGGCCGAACAAACUGAACCCAAGGAGCCUGUGACCGUGCAAGUGGAGCCAGAGGCAGGAUCUGCAAUGCCUAUGGCAUGGGGAAGUGAUUCUCCUCUUGACAUGGCACAGAUGAGGAUGAUGGCAGCUGCCAUGGGUGUGCCGUUAGACCGUUUGUUGGGAAAUUUGCCACCGCAACAGGCCAUGCAAAUGGUGCAACAGGAGAUGGCCCAACUCCGUCGAGCACCCUUGGGAGAGACCACUGCUGAAAUGCAGGCCAGAUGGGCUAGAGAGGCCCAUGACAUGGCACGGCAAGUGCGGGCUUACUUGGAGCGUGAGGGCCGUGAGGGCCGUGAGGGCCGCGAGGGCCGUGAAGGUGCUGAGGACCGUGAGGGUGAGAACAUCGAGGAUGACGAUGAGUUGCUGGCAGACAUCUCCCGGACACUGGCCGAUGCACGUGAGCGUGGUGCUCCGGUGCCGAAUGCCGCAGUCUUUGUGGACCGUGCGGUGGCCCGAAGGCGCCAGGCACGAGCAUUUCAGCAACGGAUGGAUCGAGAGGCCAGUGGUUUAGACCCGGAAAUCGAGGAUGCUUUUGCUGCGGCUGAGCAGUCUGUGACAGCUGCUGCAAGAGCACCGCGCAGACUGGGUGGCUCUCCUGGUGCCUGAGAGUGGAACAGAGGUGCC